GGCAUUUAUCUCAUGACAUUUUUUUCUGCUUCACUUCACUUUCAUUUAGACUCUGUUACAGUCUGAGUCGCUGAGUCUUUAAUAAGUCGCCAUGCUGAACAUUGUAAUUUUGCUUAUUUUAACAUGUACAACUGCAGCUUUUCCCUUGUCUGAACAAGACGAGUUUCACUUCAAGUCAUGGAUGGCACAGUACAACAAAGAGUACACCCUGAAGGAGUAUUACGAAAGACUUCAGAUAUUCACUGAGAACAAGAGGAGAAUUGACAAACACAAUGAGGGAAAUCACAGUUUCACAAUGGCACUGAACCAGUUCUCAGACAUGACAUUUAGUGAAUUUCGGAGCGCCUUCCUCUGGACUGUGCCACAGAACUGUUCUGCCACCAAAGGGAACUACAUCAGCAGCAAUCAACCUUAUCCAGACUCCAUUGACUGGAGAAAGAAGGGAAAUUAUGUGACAAAAGUGAAGAACCAGGGUAAUUGUGGUAGUUGCUGGACUUUUUCUACGACUGGCUGUUUGGAGUCUGUGACGGCUAUCGCUACCGGAAAACUCACACCACUGUCCGAGCAGCAGCUGGUGGACUGUGCACAGGCCUUUAACAAUCACGGAUGCAAUGGCGGACUUCCCAGUCAAGCAUUUGAGUACAUCAAAUACAACAAGGGAAUAAUGACCGAGGAAGAUUACCCAUACACAGCUUCUGAUGACCCUUGCAUGUAUGAACCAAGUUUGGCAGCUGCUUUUGUGAAGGAUGUGAUCAACAUAACAGAGAAUGAUGAGAUGGGAAUGGUGGAUGCAGUCGGGACACGUAAUCCUGUCAGCUUGGCCUUUGAUGUGACCUCUGAUUUCAUGUCUUACCAUCAGGGUGUGUACACUAGCACUGAAUGCCGCAAUACGCCAGAUAAGGUGAACCAUGCAGUCCUCGCUGUUGGAUACGGAACAGAGAAUGGCCUGCCAUAUUGGAUUGUGAAGAACUCAUGGGGAAGUAGAUGGGGGAUGAAUGGGUACUUUCUCAUUGAACGUGGAAAGAACAUGUGUGGACUCGCUACCUGCGCUUCCUUUCCUGUGGUGUGAUUUUUGCAAUAACCUACAACAGAGCUGAAAUGGGAAAAGGGGUUUUUGUUUCUUCUUUUUCAUUUUAAUGAUUGAGGGUGUGUCCCCCCCAUAUGCUGUUGUGGCUCAGAUGUGCAACUAAGAAAUUAACUUUUACUGACAGUGAAGUGGUGUCUUUCAAAAUCAAAUGUUUUCUCUGUAUGUGCAGCCUCUGUGUUAUGUAGUCCCACAGUCAGAGCGCAAACUCACAAUUACGUUGAUGGGAGGCAGGUACUCUAACCAUGAGGCUAAAACCCAUGGCCUUGAGUGUCUCUCAUGAGAGUGUCUUUUUUUAGGAUUGGGGAGUGAGAGGUUUUUUUUCUGGCUAUAUAGGCACAGCACUGUACCUUGUCUCUGUCACAUAUGGACUUCCUACUUUAACAAUGAUCACCCAAGAAAUUAUAAAUGCUCUAAUAAAAUUUAAUUGCAGUUUG